AUGUCUCGUCCGGCCAAGCUCACGCUUGCCGCCUCGGUGCUCGUUUCGGGCCUCACGGUGUGGGGCGUGCACUACAUGCAGGAGCGCGAGCGCGAAGUCAUGUACCGUGGCGUCGAGCGCGACGAGGCGCGCCAGGAGGAGAAGCGCCGCAAGCGGCAGCUCGACCUCGAAAUCAACCAGCAGAAGGAAAAGGAGUACCAGAAGCUGCAGCCCACCGCUGUGUCGAUGGAGCAGCUGGGAGUGGGGCCUCACCGCAAGCCGCGCACUUUUGCGAGUCUGUACGAUGUGGUUGCGCGCAUCAUGUGCACACCCACCACCGACGAAGCUCAAGAGGUGGAUCCGACUCGACCUCGAUACGUGUCGUUUGACGAGCUGCUCAACACCACGCACACCAUCGAAUCGCCGCAAUCCACCGACGACCACGACGUCGAGCAGACAGAGCAGACAGAGCGACAGACGAGGUGCAAGAGGCCCCGCGGCGGAUGGAUGGACGGACUCAGGGCGCUGCGAACGUACGAGCACGAGUGCGUGUGCUCCGGCCAGUACUGCUUCUGCUACGUGCUAAAGCCCAACUUCACCAAGCACGUCAAACCGGUGCCGAGACCACUUAAGCUCUGCCCGCGCUUUGCACGCACCCCUCUGCCCGACUGGCCGACGGCGUCGGUUGAGGAGUCGUCUGCGGCGUCGUCGAGUUCGAGUGGACGACUUAAGCUUUCGCAUCUGCAGCCGUUCCUGCGCGAUCUGGCGCUGCUGUACGACGACGACGAGGAUGAAGACGAGGACGAAGAUGAAGACAAGUAG